ACCAACCAUAUUUUACGGCUAUCAGACUUUCAUUCUCAAAAUGGUAUACUACUGCCAUCUCUUAUACAAAAGAUAUUAUAUUUAUGUGGUAUAGGAAAAUUAAACUAAAAAUAACCUUUGAUUUGAUAUAAUUGAUACAGAUACACCACAGAGCCAACGUGUAUAUGUUUACUAUUAAUUUUGUGAUUAGUAAAAAGUACGUUUUUUAUAAAAAAAAAUGGGAACUAGGAAAAGGGUUUUGGAUUUACUUCAUACAGUGUCUUCAAAUUCUUGCAGAUGUCCAGCACAUUCCAAUUCAAACACAGGACCAAUAAAUUUUUUAAGUUCCACAUCUUCGCCUGGCAAGGACUAUGUCUUUGAGAUGGCUUCUUCUAGGGUCAGGUACGGAAUAGGAGUAACACAGGAAAUUGGUAUGGAUAUAAUAAACAUAGGUGCUAAAAAUGUAUGCCUAGUAACAGACCCGAAUUUAAUAAAUUUACAACCAGUCAAAACGACUUUGGAUUCAUUAACAAAAAAUGGUGUGAAUUACGAAGUUUAUUAUAAAAGUAGGGUAGAACCAACAGAAAAAAGUUUGAUGGAUGCCAUAGACUUCGCAAGAGGUAAACAUUUUGAUGCAUUUAUUGCAGUAGGAGGUGGUUCAACUAUAGAUACCUGUAAAGCAGCAAAUUUAUAUUCAUCAGAUCCAGAAGCUGAGUUUUUGGACUAUGUAAAUGCACCCAUAGGCAAAGGAAAAAUAGUAAAUGUGAAGCUUAAACCCUUAAUUGCAGUUCCAACUACUGCAGGUACAGGAAGUGAAACUACAGGUGUAGUGGUUUUCGAUUAUGAACCAUUAAAAGUAAAAACUGGUAUAUCUCAUAUGUCGCUUAGACCUACUUUGGGAUUGAUAGACCCCUUACACACUCUUACUUUAUCAGAAAGAGUGAGUGCAUAUGCUGGAUUUGAUGUUUUUUGUCACGCCUUAGAAUCAUUUACUGCUAUACCAUACAAUGAGAGAACACCCUGUCCUAAAAACCCCAAAGACAGACCCACAUAUAAUGGAAGCAAUCCGAUAUCUGAUGUAUGGGCAAAAUUUGCACUUAAUAUCCUAAAAAUAUAUUUUGAGAGGGCUGUAUACAAUUCUGAUGAUUUAGAAGCAAGAUCUCAGAUGCUCCUAGCAUCUACAAUGGCUGGCGUAGGUUUUGGAAGUGCAGGAGUUCAUUUACCUCAUGGUCUUUCUUAUCCGAUAGCAGGAAAUGUUAAAACUUUCAUACCAGAUGAUUAUAGCCAAGACCACCCAAUCAUUCCACAUGGAUUAUCAGUUGUAAUGACUGCCCCAGCAGUUUUUGAAUUUACCGCCUCUGCUUGUCCAGAAAAACACUUAGAAGCCGUUGAGAUUUUAGGAAUUGAUAUUAAAAACGCCAAAAAAGAAGAUGCUGGAACGAUUUUAUCAGACACUAUAAAGAAAUACAUGUAUACCAUGAAAAUUGAAAACGGUCUAAAGGAAUUAGGAUACAGUAAGGACGACAUUCCAAUUUUGGUCCAAGGGACGUUGCCUCAGAAACGCUUGCUUAACAUAGCACCCAAGGAACAAACUGAAGAAGACUUAACGAACCUCCUAGAAAAGUCUUUAACAAUCUUUUGAGGAAUAAAACAUGAAUAGUGUGGAGAUUUUAUAUAUUACAAUAAGGAGUCGAUAUGUUAACCGUCCUUCCAUCAGAUCCAAAUAACUUUUCUCCAGAACCUUCCAAAAGAAAGUACAUCGCAGACACACACAUGAACAUUAGUGAAUUUAUUAUAGUGGUAAAUUGAUAUUUUUAUUUAUCUUUGUACAUAUAAAUGCAAUACACCCAUUUUAGAGGUAUUUUAUAGAAAUGGUACCCUAUUGUGUACAUACCAUUUGUAUUGUGUUUUUCAAACAG